AUGGUCAAGAUCAACAAUUUUGCAGUCGAAUCCUGGAUGGAUGCAUAUGAGAACAAUUGCAAGUACAAUAUAGCCGAGACAUGCUGCGCGUCCAUAUCCAUUGAUCAGCUACGCGAGCUUUCCGAAGACAAGACGCGUGAGGUUUUCAAUACGUCCAAGCCCCUCACAUAUGGUGCCAUCCGAGGAAGUGACGAACUGCGCAACAAUCUUGCACGACUCUACUCGGCCAAGGUCACAACGCCGCUCUCCCCAGACAACAUCUUGACCACCCCAGGUGCAAUUCAAGCAAACUACCUUACCACCUAUGCGCUCGUGGGCGAAGGCGAUCAUGUCAUCUGCCACUACCCGACCUACCAGUCGCUCUACGAGGUGCCCAAGCAGAUGGGGGCAGAGGUCGACUUGUGGAAAGGAAAGCCCGAGAACGGCUGGGUGCCAUCUAUCGACGACCUGAAAGCACUGAUCAAGCCCAAUACCAAGCUCAUCAUCAUAAACAACCCCAACAAUCCCACUGGUGCGAUCCUCAAGAAGUCUUUCCUAGAGGAGAUUAUCGCUGUUGCUUCAGAGAAGAACAUUCUCAUACUCAGCGACGAGGUCUACAGGCCUAUAUUCCACUCCAUCAGCCCGUUGGACAAGGAUUUCCCUCCGUCCCUGCUCUCCAUGGGUUACAAGAACGUCAUCGUUACCGGCUCCAUGUCCAAAGCAUAUUCGCUCGCUGGCAUCCGCAUAGGCUGGAUAGCUUCGCGCAAUCAAGAGGUUAUAGAAACCAUUGCCUCUGCACGGCACUACACCACCAUCUCGGUAUCGUACAUGGACGAGCAAGUUGCGGCUUUUGCACUCAGCUCGAGCACGGUCCACGGCCUACUUGCACGUAACAUCCAGCUUGCAAAGACGAACAUGGCUCUGCUGGAGAAGUUUGUGGUCAAGAACGAAGACGAGUGCGAGUGGGUGAAGCCGGUAGCAGGUACGACAGCAUUCAUCAAAUUUCACAGAGAAGGCAAGCCAGUCGACUCUAGGGACUUUUGUAAGAAACUACUCGACAAAAUGGGCGUAAUGUUCACGCCAGGCGACUGCUUUGGCGAGGAGUGGAAGGGCUAUGUCAGGAUUGGGUUCGUGAACAGUACCGAAGUCAUCGAGCAGGGACUAAACGAGGCCACCAAGUUCAUAAGGAAAAACCUGGACGAUGUUGAAUUGGCAGCUUGA